CAUUGCGACCCUAACUACUGACAGAAGGUCCUCUAUUCUUGUUCUAUGAAAAUAAUUCCAAAGCACUUCUAUCAAAAAAAUGAUAUAUAGUCUGAACAUGACUGAAGGUCUCUGAUAUAAGUUUAUUUCCUAUUCGGCAAAUUUGCUGGCUGAACACUAAUCUUCUACCUUCCUUGACGUAGCGCUGAGAAGCAUGUUUCUGUAAACUUGUAGAAGUGAAGCUUUCUAUUUGCAGCUCCAUCGUUGUUGGUCGAGCUGCUGUUAGGAAACUCCGCACCUGAGGCGGACUUAGAUGCUCUCUCCAUACGGGAGAACCCAAAACUCAGAAGAGCGCCACUAUUGAAAAAGGUAAGGUGAAAGCCGCAGUAUCGACUGGCAGCAAAAAUAUUUGAACUAUAAAAUUCAAGGGACAGCUGGAAAGUGAGUCCGGAGCAUUGACAACAUCGAUUUAGAACCAAGGGUCCUAGGCACAGUGAACAAACAUUUUAUCAUGAUUAUGCUCCAUAGUUUUAUUUGGUUUGACUUGAAGAUUGAAAAACUAUAAUUGCGAGAAAUCGAGCACGGUUUAACUUAAAAACAUAAGCAUCGAGAUAGAUUAAGUGGCUUUGCAAUGGGCAAAGGCAAUUUUUGCUUAGUUGUGCAAAAUUCAGAAUAAAUUAGCAGGCAACAUCUCUAAUUAGAUUAAAAACUUUUAUCUAAAAAGUUUUGUUUUAAUAUCAUACUUUAAUGUGCAUAAAUAUACCAGAUUGCGUGCGGUACAAUAUAAUGCUAUAAUAACGAAUGUAAGUGAAUUCUACCAGGAAAAUUUUUCUUUCAAUAAAUAACGGCGUUUUGAGCAUAGCCCGUUAUCAAGUAUAUAACUACGUAAGCCCGUAUUCUAGUGUAUUACUUGAUAACGGGCUAUGCUCGAAACGUCGUUAUUUAUUGAGAAAAAAAUUUCGAUUUUCGUGCAUCCUUAUACCAAGUACCGUCGUAACCUUGUCCGAUGCAGAAGCUUUGACGAAAUCAAUUCGGUUUAUUUGCCUCAAGAAAUCCUUUCCAAUUUUCCCCUUGGAAACCUUCAUACCUCCUAUGCCUUUUCACGUUGGGCCUCAUUUUAACCUGAUUCUCGUUCAUCUCAUGGAGAUGGAGGGAGCACAAAAUUUCUAAAAAAGGGCGCCAGACCUACUUCAACUCGGAAGAGGUUGCCACUGCCCCCGCCCUCCCCCUUGAAUCUGGCACAGGCGUGCUUUACAAAACAACAACAUUGAAAUUGUGUCAAUCUACAAAAGGCAGGAACAACGCAAAACGGCGGACAGUUGAAAUCAGGUAAAUCAAAUCCAGAUUCAUUCAGGCAAACGCAGACCUGACGAGUUCACGCUAUGGGAGGUGUUGGUAAACGGCUGAUAUUUUUUCCCGGCUAUUUUAUUCAUAUCUUCUUUCAGUACUUGAGUAUCAGUAUCAUUUGAACAAAAUCACUUGAUGUUGACAAGGCCGACCAUUUUGAAACUUUGCUGUUAAAGAUGUUUCCAGUUGGGGAUUGGCUGCAAUUUGAAAUGUAUCUUCUAAAAUGAAAAUGGUAAAACUUAAAAACUUAUUGCAUUAAAUGGGGUUGGGGGCUACAGCGUGCUAGGCUCUAGUGUGCCAGGUCUAUAAGUGUGCUUGACUAUGUAAAUUGACGUUUGUGUUCAAAGCUUUUUUGGCAGUGAUUCUAGUUUGUUGUUCCUGUAUAAAAACAUGUUUGAAUUUCUGUAACAGCAAUCCAAAUUUUAACUAUUCCACAAGGAAUGUAUUAUAUUUUCCCCUUAAAAGUCACAUUUAGCCCCAAACGCUCCAGAUGUAGAGGGUAGCUGGUAGGCCUGUAGGAAGUAGAAAAUAUUACUUUUUCAUUCUGAAGAUCUGGACCAAGUCAUUUCGUUUGCAUGACAUUUCACACUACAGGUUGUUUAUGAUUACAAAAUUUUGCAGACACUUUCGCGAAGCGCUCCCAAGUGACAUUUUCACUUUGAGGACUGGUACCAAGUUCUUUUAGAGGUAUUUUUCGGCUUGGUUCUCUUUCGAGUUUUAUUUCACACCUCAAACUACAUAAGUUGAGAAGUUUUCAUGCUGGUAUCAUAUUUUGCGCGAUUGUUCUGCCAUCAGAUCUGACUAAUGGAGCUCAUGCCUUCAAAAAUUUUCAAAGAUUGCUUCAUAAAUUUGAACAGGUGUUUACUCUCCAUCUCCAUUUAUUGAAAAAACUUUACUGUGUGAUGUUAUUCGUUUGAUUUGAAACUAAGUAUAUCUUUAUAAAUGAAUCUGUAAUUAUUAUCAUUCUUCUUUUUCUUGCAAUUAUUUUUAUCAACCUUUGGUAUCUGUCUGUCAGUAUGAUCUAUCGUUGUUUUUCAUCAUAAGCCUUUAUCCUAAACUUUAGGGGUCGGUUUCCCAAAUUUUCAUAGAAAUUUUUCAUCUGUCUGUUUCUCACAUUCUCCUAGUAUAUUGUACCAUUUUCCAAUUAAAUUCCCCCAUAACAUUCUUCCGCUAUAUCCUCCCGUUACAUCCUUCAAUAAAUUCUGUCAUUGCAACUUCCGAAUUCAUUGUCGUUUUCUUAUCUUUCAGGCAGUUUCCAUGCUUCUCUUGUCGGAGCAGUGUCGUUUCUAAAUUUUUGUGGAUAACUCCUUAAAUCAAUGCUGUUUUGCUGUGAAGGCAGUCGCGAUUGAUUUGGCGCAGUUAAAUAACUUAAGAAAAUGAAGACGAGGCUAAUCUGACGUAACAAAACGAGGAUGGUUAAUUAGGCGUCAUAUAAUGUUGGCGUCGCAACAUUUUCUCACUUUUAAUCGUGUUCUUUGAGAGUACGGUCGAUUCUUUAUUUACGGGAGAAUUUAUUCUUUAUUAUAUUAGUACAGAGAAAACUUUUGAAGAUUUAUUGGCUGGUUUUUAUAAAUUAUCGAAAGGAGGUAGGUGAUUUUGUGUCAACUUUUUUGCAAUAAACGAAGAACCGUAAGGAAAGUGCGAUAAAUAUGAUUAAUAAAAUUCCAGUGAUUACAUUAGGCAAAAAACUUGGCAUAGUACCUUAGAGCCGUCUUGUUCUACAUACUAAACAGUUUUAAAUGACUUUACAAAAGAUCGAUCAGUAUAAUGACAGAAAGGAGUAAAUCCGAUAUACGUCGUAGCAAUAUUUAUACAUUUUCAACAUUUUCUAACCCUAGGAAGGACUGUUUGGGUUCCCGAGCUCCUUGCGGAAAUCGCAAAGGAAGAUUUAGUGUCGUGAAAAUGCCGUGGCCCGAACUGGAUUUGCAAGGGCAUCUGGAGAUGCAAAAUCAGAGGCAGCCAGUUAACAGAAGGCAAGAAAAAUACACAGACAGAGAUAGAAUCUAUGAUGGACAGGCACAUAGAGUUAUGCAGGACAACACUUUCGAGGGGGUUCGCAGCUUCUUUUACCCCUUAAGAAGUGUUGACUGUAGGAGGGAUGACCAAAUGACGAAGGUUGAUAUUGAGCAGCUUAUAAAAGAGGAAAUACAGAGCUACAAAGCGAGUAGAGCAGUAGCAGAGGGCAAUUACGAGAGACCAAGUGCGAUUGGAAAACUGCAAAUUGAUACUGAGCAGCUUGGAAAGGAGCAAUCGCAGGAGCCCUUCGCAUUAGAGGGAGACUACAAGGCACGUAGAAGAGUAGAUGAAAUAAAAUCUUAUCAGCAAGCCGUUGCAGAAAGCAGCGAAACGAUUGCAAGGCUGAACUGUGAUCUUGCACAAAGAAGGGAAGAAGCAAAACAUUUAGAAAAUGAGCUAAACAAAGUCUGGAAAAUCGUAGAUGAAAACGAAUGCAGUUGGCAAUUGGAUAAAAAGAGGCUGGAAGGAAAGAUUGUAGCUCUACAUAAGAACAUCCAUAAAAACAAGCAAGAUAGAGAGUUUGCUAAGAAAGAGGACCAGAAAAAGAGGAUUGCAAAAUUAGGAAAAGCGAGAUUGGAGGUUGUUGAAGUUAAUUUGACUACACCAGGACAUGAAAAAAUUUUUGAAUGCAAAGAUACCACUGCUACAUAUACUGCUAAUGGUGGCAACUCUGUCACUGAAGAGACGAAAAAGGAAUCAGAAGUUAAAUGCGAGAUGCAGAAAAGAAAGAGAACAAUACAGGAAAAGUUACCAGAAAAGGAAGAGAUAGAACAGGCUUCAUCAUUGACCCAUCAGGAUGAAAUAGCUACGCAAGGUGCUGAAGCCGACGACAAGAGCAUAAUCAAAGCUUUGCUUUCUGAUAUGGAAGGGAUGAAAGCAGAAUAUGAGAGUAAAGCUCUUGUUGCAGAAACGAAAUUGAAGUUGGCAACAAACAAGCUAGAACAAGCCAAGGGGAAGCAAAAUAAGAUAAGGAAAAAAUUGAAGGCAACUGAAAUCGAAAAUUUACAUUUGCAGCGAAGCAUCGGUGAGACAGUAGAGGAAAAUGCUGAAAUGAGAAGGAAUUUAGCACAGAAAGAGGCUAAUUUAAAAGAGAUGCAGCAAGAGAUUGCUGAAAUACCACACGCAAUGAGAAUAACCAUAAGAAAUGAAAGUGUAACAAAGACCGAAAAAGUGAGCGAAGAAGAUGGCAUUCUCAUGAAAGGUGAAAUAAGCUCUAAUUAUCGUACUAUGCAGGGGAGAGAACUGGAACGACUUAUUUCAGAAAACAAACUGUUGAAUAUGAAGAUACCCAAGCUUGAAGAAAUUAAUGCCGAUGGGAGCAAAAUUAUGGAUGAGAUUCUCGGGAGACAGAUACAGUUAAUGAAAGAAAAUGUAGAGCUUAGAAAGAAAGUUAUGGUUGAUGAAUUUGCACAAAAGCAGAAAAGUCACAUGAUAGCAGAUACCAGUACACAGACAGAGAAAACAGAAUCAAGUUUGGCGCAGAAAGCAGAGCUGGAACAAGGGACAUUUGAAUCGGAAGCAAGCGCGUACUCAUCUAGUGAACCAGUUUUUAAAAAUAUGCAAACGAUCCAGUUUGCAAGGGAAAUUUAUAUUUUUGAGAACCUAGUUCACGAAACAGUAAAAAUGAAUAGAGGAGAAAUGCAGACACUGAUGGAUAAAAUGACAACAUACCAGAAUCGACAGGAUUUCCAGAAGAAAGAAGCGGAAACCCAGGUGAAUAAAGAAGAUUUGAAAAAAAUGAAAGACUUUGCGGCUGCAUUUGAAGAACUGCUAAAUGAAAACAAAAAUUUUGUAGAAAAAAUGCAGCAUAUGUCAAAUGCCAUAGAAAUUUAUCGUAAGAAGGAAAAACAUUCAAAACAUCGCAUCGAAAGGCUGAAAAAGCUUCUAGAAAUCAGUAAAGAGCACAAGAAUGACAACAUUUCAAAUCAAGAAAUGACUAGGCGGUGCAGAGAAGAGUCUACAGUCAAAUUCAGCAUUAGAAAAGAUAAAGGUUUGAAUGAAUGGAUGGCUAAAGAGGGCGACGAAGGCGAGGGCUGCAAUAUUAUGAUCACGGAAGAGGCCCUAGCACAAGGAAGAAGAAAAAAGCUAAAAAGAAUGAGAAACAAACAAAGACAACAGGAAGAUACAGAGAGUAAGUCUGGGAGAAGAUCCUCUUCACCAAAAGGUAUGAGGUGCAUUAAUGAAGGUCAUGUAGACGCAGAUAAACGAUCAAUGGUGAAUGGAUCAGGUCAAAUUGUCGCAAUCAAAGAUCGUCUUGAUUCUGAUAAUAACAUUUUGAAAGAUAGAAAUGUCGACUCUGACAUUGAUUUCAUUCAGCGUGCUAAAAAGUCUAGGAGAAAAGUCGAUGGAAGGAACCAAGGAAAAGAAGGCAUAAAAGGGAAUCGAGAUUUGUCAGAGAGUCAAACUUUGGAUCUUGAAGCAGCUAAAACAAAAGAGGGAGUAGAUGGAGAACUACACCAGUCUUUGUCAAGGAGGUUCUUCAGGCAAAAAGAAAAUGGAAAAGAAAAACAGAUAGCGAUGGCAAAAGGAAACCGAAUAGAAAUGGAUCGUCCUUUUGAUGGAGGUAUGUUAAAAAGCCUGCUUUAUACUAAAGAUCACAGGGCCAAGGCCGGCCAUACCGCCAAAAUGACAAGUUCAAACAACCGAAAUAACCAAAUGCAGUUCAGUUUCGAUAUUUUGGAUAAAGAUGACGAUGAAAUAAGUCUGGGAGAGUUUUCUCCUAAGCGAGAAAAAAACUCGCCAAGGCAACGGAAAUCUCAUAUAAAAAAUGACGCGCAAAUGCGUAAGGCUGACAUCAUAGGAAGUGAUGAUAAAACUCCAUUCUUAGUGACACGUUGCGUGGGAGAAAAUGAUAGCCAGACUAAUCUAGUAAAGAUCAAGAAACAGCUUUUUUGGGAAAAUGAGAAAUACAAAAGAGUGGGCAUCAACAAGGAUGCAAAAAAGAUGGUUAAAAGACUGAAACGAGAAGAUGAGAAAAAGAGCAAGAACGAAGGUCUUGGAGGCAACGGCAAUGUGAGUAGGGAUAUCAAUAAAGGAGCAAGAAUGGCUGGUUUGAAACGAAAGAUAGCUUUGCGAUUAAAAGGAAGAAAAAAGGAGAAACUCGAAAACAAAGAAGACCAUCCCAAUUCAUUAAGCACUGAGACGGUAAAUCUCCAACCGUCUCUUCCUGAAAGGUAUAGGAAGGAUAAAAUUAGGCAGAAAGGAAGCUUUAAAGAUGGAAACAGUAAAAAUUUAAGGGCAGAUACAGAGCAUCUGGUAUCUGAAAUCCGAUAUGAAGAAUGCAAGGAGAGAAAAGCUGAAACAGGAAAUGGAUUUGAUGAGAAAGAAGUGCGUUUCACAGAUAGCGAAGCCAGUUUUGAAGGUGGUGGUGAUGGUGAUCGUCGACGUAAUCAUCAUUUACAGAAAAGCUCAGAAUUCUCUUUUUCAGAAGAAAAUUACGAUUGUAAUUAUGAUGUUCACGCUGAGAACUAUACAGAAGGUAGAUUUGCUGAUGGAAAUACGAAGAAGAUAGUGACGUUUGCGGACAACAGUGACUUGUUAGCUGUAGACAACUACCACGAUCCCUAUGUUAACUACCACGAUCCCGAUAGCAGCAAAUCUACAAAGAACGCUAAGAAGUGUGGAAAGAAAAGACGGACCAUUAAAGGCUUCAAACUAAGAUGGGUAGGAUUUGGAUCAAAGAAAAGCAAGAAGGAUAGGCAAGAAAAAGAAAAGAAGACAAAAAAGAACAGUAAAAAAGAAAAGAAUAAAUCUGAAAAGAGUUCCACGGAUGUUACAGCAGAUGAGUGGGAGGCUACAAGCAUGACUGCAAAAGGGUCCUUGAAUCGAACGAGGAAGGAGAAUAACAGCAUUGCAAAAAACGCUGCCGAAAAGAACGAAAAACUUCGAACAAAGGAAAAGAAGAUUGCAAAAGAUGGAACAAAAGUAAAAAAGCAGCAAGCUAAGCUUGAAAAACGGAAACGAAAUUCAGAAAAGAAAGAAAACCAGCUUAAAAAGAAAGAAAUAAAAGCACAAGAAAAAAUGAAAAAGCAGCAACGGACUGUGGAAAACUUGAAGAUAAAACUUCAAGAAGAAGGAAACCUGGUCAAGGAAGGAGGAAAGAAGAAAGCUGAGAAACUGCAGGCAAAAGUAGACAAAAAACAGCACAAGGCAGAGAAACUUUUGAAGAAGAGGCAAGAAAAACUAGAGAAAGAAAAAGCAAAAUUGGAAAAAAAGGAAGCAAAACUUCAGCAAAAACAAGCAGAUAAACUGGAAAAAGAGCGGGUGAAAAUUCUCAAGGCAAAGGAUAAGCACAGUGGAGAAACAAAAGAAAAAUAUGACGAUAAAGCAAAGGAAUUUGGAAAGAUAAAGAGAAAAAGCUCAGGCAAAAGAUUCCAAAAAAGUAAACGUGGAUUUUCAAUCAAGUUUAUUGGGAUGAAACCUAAUAAAAAGAAGAAAGAAAAAACAGAUCAAAAUGGUGUCAAUUUGCCUAAGAGUGUCGAUGAAAAUGCAUUGGCGACAUCGACAGUUAACGGGAAUGAUGCAGCGGAAAAGAUUACUUGCUCCGAAAGCAAUGGUUCUUCCCCAUUAUUUGUUGACGUGGUAGAGCGAUUUUGCUGUGAUGAUGAUUCUGAUGAUGAGGUAUUGAAAAGGGAAACAGUAACUUUUGCACCCCUUAGGCCAAGAAAGCCAAUAGAUCGCGAUACAAAAACGUUGUCAGAAUUCGCAAAUGCUCCUGAGAGGAUUGAUGGGAAGAAUGCAGUGGAUGAGAUUUUGGUAAUAGAUACUGGAGAAGAAAAAUUUGAUUCCGCCAGUGAUAGAGAGGAUAGCAGGGAAGAUAAACAUUGUGAUGUCCUUUUGGUAAAAGAAUAUAGUAACGGAAACUUGGAUGCUGGUGGAACAGGAAUAUCAAGCAAGGAUAUAAGUCAGAGAUACCUAGUUUCAGAGGAUGACGAUAGUGAUACUAACAUUGAACUUUUUACGCCUCAAAAUUUGCAACGUCGUGAAAAGGAUGACAGCGAAAAAACGAAUGAGAUAAAAGAACCGAUGAUAACAUGUCUCAAGGGAGAGGACAAAGGAAAAGAAGACAUUUCUCAACAAGAAAUUGCGUCAAAAAAUCUUAAGCCAAAGAAAAAUGCUCGUAGUGAAAAAAUUGAAGCUAUGAUUCAUAGAAAAAACAUUAACUUCACAGAAGAGACAAUUAAACAUCUACAAGAAAAGAUAUUUAUUCUUGAGGCCGAAAACGCAGAUCUUAAGAGAUGUUCACAGGCAACAAACAAAAUUCAGCAAACCUUUGACGAUACAAGUCAAACAAACCUAGAGCCACUACUCAGAGAUUUCGAGAAAUGUUUGGCCGAAACAACUCAAGAAUUCGUCCGAGCAAGACAAGAGGCAAUAAAUGCAGGAAUCGAACUUGAGAGUGCAAACAAUCAGGUUGAUGCUGCGAUGCACGAGGCAAGAGUUUCGAGUCGCGCAGCUCAAGUUGCAAGAAGUCUGGUACGAGUGGCAAAGGAAGAGACCGAGGCAGCUAAGAAUGAGGCAAAUACUGCUGUGAUCAAAGUUGAAGAGGCAGAAAAAGAGAGGAAUGAGUACAAAAGGAGGUUGGAAGAAAUUUCACAGGAUUUGGAGAAGUUGAAAAAAGAGAAUCGGGAGCACGAAGCAGCAGGGCAUUCUGAAGAAAGGAAUGACAAAGUACCACAAGGGAGUUACGAAGAACAAAGAAAUGAGGAUGAAACAUCGAAUUCUGAAUGGGACGAGCCGGAGCAGAUUCUGCCGACUGUAAAUGCCGAGAAGCGUAUAAAUGAAAUGAUAGAGAAAGAAAACUGUACAGUGGAAGCAUAUGAUAAUUUGCUCGAAGCAAGAGAAGAAGAGCUACACAUUCUACGAGAGCACAAUGCAAAGCUGCAAAGAAGCAACGAGUCAAUGGAAGCAAGACUAUUGGAACUAGAAACAGCAGAAGAAAAUUUUUGUAAAAAAAGACAGGAUAUAUUGUCUUCUCAAAAUGAAGUAGAAGCUUUGAGAAAAGAGAACAGCGAGCUGAAAUCAAGUCAAGACUCAUUGCAAGGGCAAGUAUUGGAACUGGAAGUGGCUCUGCAAAUGGAAGAAUCAAAAGUGCAGAUAGACAAAAAGACUGCUUCACACCCAGAUGACCAGGAAUAUGAGGCGGAAGUUCUUGCAAAUCUACUGGAAGUAAAAGAACAACAGUUACGUUCACUCCAAGAGAAUUACUCAAAGCUACAAUCUAGUAAAGAGUCUAUGAAAGAAAGACUUCUUGAAUUGGAGAUAAAUCAACAAGUCCUUCAUUUACGAGAAACCAUUAGCAAAAUCGAAACAGAAUACAAGGAAUUGAAAUCACAAGAAGAGAAUGUAAAGGAAAGGCAACUUGAAAUAGAGAUAAGGGAGCAAGCAUUAGAAACUUCUGAGAAAGAAAUCGAGCUUUUGAAAAACGAGAACAGCGAGCUGAAAUCAAGUCAAGACUCAUUGCAAGGGCAGGUAUUGGAACUGGAAGUGGCUCUGCAAAUGGAAGAAUCAAAAGUGCAGAUAGACAAAAAGACUGCUUCACACCCAGAUGACCAGGAAUAUGAGGCGGAAGUUCUUGCAAAUUUACUGGAAGUGAAAGAACAACAGUUACGUUCCCUUCAAGAGAAUUACUCAAAGCUACAAUCUAGUAAAGAGUCUAUGAAAGAAAGACUUCUUGAAUUGGAGAUAAAUCAACAAGUACUUCAUUUACGAGAAACCGAAUUGAGCAAAAUCGAAACAGAAUACAAGGAAUUGAAAUCACAAGAAGAGAAUGUAAAGGAAAGGCAACUGGAAAUAGAUUUAAAGGAGCAAGCUUUACGGUCGGCACAGACGAAUGCCCUAAAAGGUUACUCUGAACAGGUUGAUCAUUCACAGCCGAAAGCAUUGGAGAGCAAUUUUGAAAGCAGAAUAGUUGAAGAGAAGGAGGUACAAAUUCUAAAAGAGUCAAAUGAACGAUUGAAAAACGAAAACCAAGUCUUGUGGGCAGAUGUCAGCAAACUUGAAUCACAACUAGAAUCUAUGAGAGUUACCUUAGAAUACUUUCAAGAGCAAGGAAAUGAACAGGCCAGUACAGGCAACCAAUUGGGAGAGAAGGAGGUACAAGUUCUAAAGGAGUCCAAUGAUCGAUUGAAAAACGAAAACCAAGUCUUGUGGGCAGAUGUCAGCAAGCUUGAAUCACAACUAGAAUCUAUGAGAGUCACCUUAGAAUACCUUCAAGAGCAAGGAAAUGAACAGGCCAAUACAGGCAACCAAUUGGGAGAGAAGGAGGUACAAGUUCUAAAGGAGUCCAAUGAUCGAUUGAAAAACGAAAACCAAGUCUUGUGGGCAGAUGUCAGCAAACUUGAAUCACAACUAGAAUCUAUGAGAGUUACCUUAGAAUACUUUCAAGAGCAAGGAAAUGAACAGGCCAGUACAGGUAACCAAUUGGGAGAGAAGGAGGUACAAGUUCUAAAGGAGUCCAAUGAUCGAUUGAAAAACGAAAACCAAGUCUUGUGGGCAGAUGUCAGCAAACUUGAAUCACAACUAGAAUCUAUGAGAGUUACCUUAGAAUACUUUCAAGAGCAAGGAAAUGAACAGGCCAGUACAGGUAACCAAUUGGGAGAGAAGGAGGUACAAGUUCUAAAGGAGUUCAAUGAUAGAUUGAAAAACGAAAACCAAGUCUUGUGGGCAGAUGUCAGCAAGCUUGAAUCACAACUAGAAUCUAUGAGAGUCACUUUAGAAUACUUUCAAGAGCAAGCAAAUGAACAGGCCAGUACAGGUAACCAAUUGGAGAGAGAAGGAGGUACAAGUUCUAAAGGAGUCCAAUGAUCGAUUGAAAAACGAAAACCAAGUCUUGUGGGCAGAUGUCAGCAAACUUGAAUCACAACUAGAAUCUAUGAGAGUCACUUUAGAAUACUUUCAAGAGCAAGCAAAUGAACAGGCCAGUACAGGUAACCAAUUGGGAGAGAAG